CCGCACUCUGGGUGUGGCAGUCCGAGCGCCGGGGGCGGUGCCACAGCGGGCCGGGCAGCCGGUGAGCUGUGUGGCUUUGGCCAUGAAGCCGCAGCCACCGGGCUAGGCCCGGGGCUGCUCCAGGCCUGGGCGGCCCGCAGAGGGCUGGGCCGGUCCCCGGCUCGGGUUCCUGGGGCGGCAGGUGGCCGCUCACCAUGCCUGGCAAGCACCAGCAAUUCCAGGACCCUGAGGUCGGCUGCUGCGGAAAAUACUUCCUGUUUGGCUUCAACAUUGUCUUCUGGGUGCUGGGAGCCCUGUUCCUGGCCAUCGGCCUCUGGGCCUGGGGUGAGAAGGGCGUUCUCUCCAACAUCUCAGCGCUGACAGAUCUAGGUGGUCUUGACCCCGUGUGGCUGUUUGUGGUGGUCGGGGGAGUCAUGUCAGUGCUGGGCUUCGCUGGCUGCAUCGGGGCCCUCCGGGAAAACACCUUCCUGCUCAAGUUUUUCUCUGUGUUCCUUGGUCUCAUCUUCUUCCUGGAGCUGGCGGCGGGGAUCCUGGCCUUCGUCUUCAAGGACUGGAUCCGAGACCAACUUAAUCUCUUCAUCAACAACAACGUCAAAGCCUACCGGGAUGAUAUUGACCUUCAGAACCUUAUCGACUUUGCUCAGGAAUACUGGGCUUGCUGUGGAGCCCGAGGGCCCAACGACUGGAACCUCAAUAUCUACUUCAACUGCACUGACUUGAACCCAAGCCGUGAGCGCUGUGGGGUGCCCUUUUCCUGCUGUGUUAAGGACCCUGCGGAAGAUGUCCUCAAUACCCAGUGUGGCUAUGACAUCCGACUCAAACUGGACCUAGAGCAGCAGGCCUCCAUCUACACCAAAGGCUGUGUGGGCCAGUUUGAGAAAUGGCUGCAAGACAACCUGAUUGUGGUGGCCGGGGUCCUGGUGGGCAUAGCCCUCCUCCAGAUAUUUGGCAUCUGCUUGGCCCAGAACCUCGUGAGUGACAUCAAGGCAGUGAAGGCCAACUGGAUCACACAUGGUGAUGGCUACAAACGACUCAAUAAACAACACUUUGAAAAACAGUGGCUUAUGUUCACCAACUUCAAAGGUUCUGUUGUCAGCACGGCCUCUACAGAGCUCUCCAGUGAGGACCCUGGCCUGAAUCCAACCAAGGCCUUGUAGGUCUGGGUAGACUAUGUACUUGAGACAGCCUUUCAAAUGGGUAUAUUGCCUUAAAGGUGACAUCUCCUGCUCCUCCCGGGGUAUGGCUGUGUUAGGGUCAUCGGCAACAGGACACAGAGGCACCUCACCUGGUCUGUUCUAUGUACCUGACCCUAGUAUCUGAAAGUUGACCUUUCUGACCUCUGUGGGUUAUUCCUGGCAUACUCCUCAAGGCUGUUAUGUCUCCACCUCAAGAAAGGCAUAAAGAUCUGAAGAACAGGGUUCUGGAGAUCAUCCCUACGAAGGUAGAGCCUGGUGGGUCCCAGCUGUGCUGGGGCCAGAGGUGGGGUGUCCGAAUGCCCAUACAGUGGCUGAGUGCUGGGACAGGGAAAGAGACUUGUGCUCAGGGAAGGCCUGGUAUCGGUGAGGGGAAUCUGCUUUGAGGUCGGUCAAUGGUUGGUUCAAAAACUUCGAUGCCUGCAGUGCUGCCUUGUGGCCACCAGAGGGCACAUAGGUACCACACUCUCUGCUGCCGAUUUUCCUCACAACCUCACCUCAGUACCUUCUGGCUUACCAGGGGUGGCUUGCAAACUUCUAAAGAAGCAAAGCAGCUCAGGCUUGGACAACCUAGCUGCCCAAAGGGGCGGUAUGUGUCAAAUGACUCUUCCCUAACCCUUCCCUGCACUGGGCAAAUGGAGGGGUGGGCUAGUUCAAAGGUCGCUGCUCUGGUGUGAUCUGUUUCCUCAGUGAGUUACAAGAGUAGAGUAGAGCAGUGAGACCUGUUUUGUUUUGGCCUCCACUGGUACUGGAGACUGGACAGAGGAAGGCAGGGGUUCUGUGAUGAGAUAUCUGUGCAGUCGGGUUAGGAUAAUGACCCACUUGGGAGGCCAGGGGAGCAUGGUAGGAAUUGUAUAGAGACAGGCCCUCACCCACGGGUGCUGACUACUGUUCAGUUGUAGCUGAUUGCAGCGGUGCAGGAACGCAGGGCCGGCACCAGAAAUCUUAGAGAAGCUGGGAGUCUGCAGGCUGUUGGAAGACAGCCAGAUUUUAACUCAGACCUGCAGGCAGCACGAAGAGCCCUGGGUCCGGCUUCAGCUCCCGUGUCAGCACCACUUACAGUGGCCCCGACUACUCAGCUGGGUGGGGGUGCUGCGAGCUGGCUGGGCACCUGAUAGCUCUGCCCCGUGGCACAGGCUGGGCAGAGCUCUUGGAUGGCUCAGCCAUGGUGGUUUGUACACUGUAAUAAAUACAGCUCCGAAAGUGUUACUUUUCUC